AUGCCAACAGCCAUCGUCACCGGCGCAACCGGCAUCCUCGGCCGCGAAAUAAUCAACCACCUCUCCCGCGACCCAACCUACACCAAAAUCCACGCCCUCUCCCGCAGCCCCAAACCCAGCUCCCUCUCACACGUCCACCACGCAAGCAUCGACCUCCUCUCCACCCCCACCACCCUCUCCACCCAACUCACCUCCCAGAAUGUCUGCGCCGACUACCUCUUCUUCACCGCCUACCUCCAAGAAGGCGACGAAAAGGACCUCGAGCGCAUCAACGGCGACAUGCUGGAGAAUUUCCUCACCGCGAUGAGUCUCUCGGGCGCAGAGAAAACCCUAAAACGGGUGGUGUUGGUCACGGGGGCGAAACAUUACGGGGUGCAUUUAGGGCCGGUGAAGAAUCCGAUGGAGGAGAGGGAUCCCUGGGUGGAAGGGGAGGGGAGACCGCCGAAUUUUUAUUAUAGGCAGCAGAGAAUAUUGAGGGAGAGGGGGGAGGGGAGGGGGUGGGAUUGGGUGGUGACGUAUCCGAAUGAUGUUGUUGGGGUUGCUAAGGGAAACUUCAUGAACCUAGUCACCGCCAUCGGUCUCUACGCCAGCAUCACCAAAGAACUCAACGCCCCGUUCAUCUUCCCCGGCUCUCGGAUCUUCUAUCCCAAAAUCGACUGUUUCACGUACUCGCGUCUACAUGCCCGAUUCUGCGCGUGGGCCGCGAUCACGCCCGCAUGCUCGAACCAAGCAUUCAACGUCGUGAACGGCGACGCGCAGUCCUGGCAGACGAUGUGGCCGCGACUGGCGGAGCGAUUCGGGGUUACGAUUCCGGCGGAUCAAUUCGAGGCGGAGGAUGAAAAGGUCGUUCCGUUGAUUGAGCGGCCGCCGCUGGAGGAUUAUGCGGCGACGAGUGGGUUGAAGGGGCAGGUUGAGAAAGGGGAGGUGCGGAUGAGGAUUGAUUUGGAGAAGUGGAUGAAGAGGGAGGAUGUGAGGGGGGCGUGGGAGAGGGUAGCGGAGCGGGAGGGGUUGGAGAAAGACGCGUUUGAGAAGGCGACGUGGUUUUUCUUGAACUUUGUCUUGGGGAGGAAUUAUGAUUUGGCCAUUAGUAUGAAUAAGGCGUGGAAGUUGGGGUUUCGGGAUUGGGCGGAUACGUGGGAUGCGUUGGAGGAGUGUUUGGAUGAAUUGGAGGAGGAGAAGGUUUUGCCUAGGACGGGGAGGAAAUGA